AUGGCUGGUGCAACUGUCCCAACCGUCGUAUACAAAGCCCACAUUGACCUUGUUACAGACCUGCAGCAUUCUGUUCGUGGUCUCAUGGUUCAACACCCAGUUGGCGGAGGUGGUAACUACUCGACACAUCGUCGUUUCGUUUCGCAGCCUCUUCGCAGCCUCAUUGGAUUCGCGUCUAUUGGUAUUGCCGCCAUCAUUAGACGCGAAACCCAUACACCCACACCUCCUUUGACUCCUUAA